CGGCACAUUAGUACUGUGACAAUCGAGGGCCACAUCUUGCACUGCCACUUGUAAACGAAGGACUCGCCAGGAUUAGUUACAAGGAUUUUCUUACAACGGAAGGAGUUGUUUGCGGAAAGGUCCUAUCUCUGACUUUGGGAUUACAGAGAGAGUGCAGCGAUGGCUCUUAAGUGGGCUCUUUUGGUUGCAACAGUGACGCUGACUCUGACACAAGCAGCGAAGCUGGACAACAAAUACCUGCCCCCACCUGCAAGUGCCGCCAGUGCAGGCGGCAGUCCUGGGGCGGGACUCCAAGGACCAGGAGGAGGUUUUGGUGGCGGCGGCGGAGCUGGUGGCUUUGGAGGCGGCGGGGGACCUGGUGGAUACGGCGGUGGCACCGGAGGUGGAGCUGGAGGCUUUGGUGGUGGCAACAAUGGACUUGGUGGUAUCAACAAUGGCCUUGGCGGCUUCUCCGGUGGCGGCGGCCCCAGCAGACCCAUUGGGCCAGCACCUGCUGCGCGCCCAAGUGCUCCGGCUGGUGGCCCUCCGGCGGGUCCACCAAUACCCAUCCUCUCGUUUGUGAACGAAAACGAUGGCGAUGGAAACUAUCGGUUUAGCUACGAGACUGGAAACGGCAUCAAGGCCCAGGAGGAGGGCACUGUGAAGAACAAGGGUUCCGAGAACGAGAUCCCUUCAGUUAUGGGCUCGUAUUCAUACACGAAUCCAGAGGGAGAGUUGGUCGAGAUCAUGUACACUGCGGAUGAGAAUGGUUUCGUUCCCUCGGGUAGUGCACUGCCAACUCCGCCACCCAUUCCGGAGGCUAUUGCUAAGGCUUUGGCGGCGCAGGGCAUCUCCGCACUGCCGGGUGGCGGCUAUAGUGGCGGUGCUGGAGGCGGAGGCGGCGCUGGAGGAGGAGGUGGCUAUGGUGGUGGUGGCGCUGGCGGCGGUGGAGGUCGGGGACCAGGUGGCCCUGGAAGCUUUGGCGGUGCUGGUGGCGGAGCUGGCGCUGGAGGAUACGGCGGUGGAGGUGGUCGUGGCCCUGGCGGACCAGGUGGACCUGGAGGCUUUGGCGGAGGCGGUGCUGGAUACGGCGGAGGCGCAGGUCGUGGUGGUGCCCCAGGUGGACCUGGAGGACCAGGUGGACCAGGAGGCUAUGGAGGUGGAGCUGGUGGUGGUGCCGGUGGCGGUGGAGGAGCUGGCUACGGUGGAGGCGCAGGACGAGGUGGCGGUCCAGGUGGACCUGGAGGCCCCGGUGGACCAGGAGGAUUCGGCGGUGGAGCAGGUGGCGGAGGAGGCGCAGGAUAUGGCGGUGGAGCUGGUCGUGGCGGUGCUCCAGGUGGUCCAGGAGGUCCAGGUGGCCCAGGAGGAUACGGCGGUGGAGCUGGAGGUGGUGGAGGAGCUGGAUACGGUGGAGGCGCAGGUCGUGGCGGUGCUCCCGGUGGUCCCGGAGGUCCAGGAGGACCAGGAGGCUUUGGCGGCGGCGGAGCUGGUGGCGGAGGAGGAGGCUACGGCGGUGGAGCCCCAGGGGCUCCCGGUCGUUCCGGUGCUCCAGGUCUCCCAGGUGCUCCAGGUGGUCCUGGUGGUCCUGGAGGCUCUGGAGGAUUUGGUGGUAGCGGUGGAGCUGGUGGUGCCGGAGGCUAUGGCGGUGGAGCCGGACGUCCAGGUGGACCCGGAGGUCCUGGUGGCCCCGGGGGUCCUGGUGGUCGACCUGGAGGCUCCCCUGGAUUCCCUGGCGGUCGUCCUGGCAAUCAGUAUGUACCACCUCCAGCGGGUGGUGGCGGCGGUGGGGCUCCAGGAGCUCCUGGCAGGCCCGGUGCUCCAGGUGGUCCGGGUGGUCCUGGCGGUCCUGGUGCUCCGGGUGGACCUGGAUCCCAGUAUGUUCCUCCACUGCCCGGAGCCGGUAGCCCAGGACGCGGCAACGGGGAGUUCAAUCCCCAGACAGGCUAUAGCUAUUAAACCCGACAAAGACACUCUACUCUCAUUAAAAUCUCUCGGAUCGAAGAAAUCUCAGUGCAACGCAAGCUGCCCCAAAUCC